GUUCACCAACAACAUGGCGGCCGUUGACCGAUUUUCCUUCCUUGCAGCCGAAAUUUCCAAGACUAUCAACUACUACAAUGAUAUUCUGGCGAUUUUAGGGGCUGUGUAUGUCGGCAAGAAGGUUCUCGACUUGGUCCUGGGUUUUCUGGGCGGUACACGCGUGCAUUUCAUCUCUAGGAUCGCCAAGCCGGACUUGACGAAGCGGUAUGGGCCGUGGGCUGUCGUAACAGGUUGUACGGAUGGCAUUGGGAAGGCGUACGCUCAGGAACUGGCCAGCCGUGGUCUCAACAUCGUUCUCAUCAGCAGGAACCAGACCAAACUGGAGAACACCGCACACACCAUCGAGUCUCUGUUUGGUGUGGAGACAGCUGUCAUUCAGGCUGACUUCAGUAAAGGUAGAGAAAUCUACGUUGGAAUUGCGGAGACUCUCCGCGGGAAGGACGUGGGAAUCCUGGUCAACAACGUGGGGCUGAUGUACGACCAUCCGCAGUUCUUCCUGGAGGUCCCCGAGAACAGGCUGUGGGACAUCGUUAACGUCAACGUGGCAACGGUGACGAUGAUGACACACCUGGUUUUACCAGGGAUGGUAGAGCGGAAACGUGGGGCUGUGGUGAACAUCGCUUCUGCCUCCAGCUUAAGGCCCACACCUCUGAUGACAGCUUACUCUGCUACUAAGGCGUAUGUUGCACACUUCAGCCAGGCCCUACAGUACGAGUACAAAGACGCGGGCAUCACCGUACAGUGCCUCACGCCGUACUACGUCGCCACCAACAUGACCGCGUACAGCGACAUCAUCCACAAUCCCAGCGUCAUCAUCCCGUCAGCCACCGGUUACGCCAGGGCCGCCCUGUCCACACUGGGGGUCUCCACUAGAACUACAGGGUACUGGCCUCACACUAUUGCACAGUGGUUUGCAACGAGGCUGUUCUCAGAGGACUUCUAUGUUUGGGUGGCUUACCGGUUCAACAGUGCUCUCAGACGACAAGUCAUGGAAAAGAAACAGAGAAAACUGAAGUCCAAGUGAUGUUUGUUGUGUCAACGUCAAUCAAGCAAACAUUGCAGUGGUAAAAACAUAUUGUUUCCAUACCGUAUACUAGUAUGGCAUUUUCCUCACACAGAUGUUGUGUUUAUAACUACUAUGAAUUAUCAUCUGACUGGAAACGAUUUACAUACCUAUAGUCAACAAGUUACAAUAGAUUUAUCCCAGUUUACAAAAAUAAAUGAUAGCUGUAAACCUAAGGCUUACUGUCUGAUGCAAAUAGAUAUGCUUGUUUUUUAUGCAAUACAAUGUAUUUCCACAGGUUGUAACAAAAUAGAAUAAUUGAAAUUUCUAGUCACUUUUCACCAAAGAAUUUUUUUUAAUGUUUAGUACAGGAAAUAUGGUAUACCUUUUGUUGCUCUGAAAACAAUGCUGCUACUGUUUUGGUUUAUACAAUAAGGUUAUGUUGUAUGAACAUUUAUGCAUUUAAAAACUGUUCUGAUAUUUCAGGACACUUUGUAUAAUUUUCUAUGUACAUGUGUAUGUGUCUGUAUAUGUGUUGUGAUGCCUCAAAUCACUUGUGUUGCUUGGUUAUUUUGCAUAGUCAAGAU